AAAAUUGCUAAUUUUUCCCCCAAGUCGCUUCGUUCAAAUUUUUCCGGAACGUAAUCGGAAAACACGAACAAUCGAUCAUCGAUCAAGAUGUUCUCGAGUGUAGAUAGACGAGGCAAAAGGAUGGCGGGGCAAGAGGAAGCGCGGCUAGGCUACGGCUCUAUCGAGACGCGUUCGUCACGCGCGUAGGUUACCACGCCGAUUCUUUUUUCUCCCGAUUCGUUCUCGUCAUAAUAGAAGAAUCUGUUCGUGGCUGCGCGGUAUGUAUGGUCCGCCUCUAUCGUUUCGAGCGGCACCGGUGGCCGCCACCGGCACGCUGCUGCCCGUCGAGAGAGCCCAGUUCGAGCAGGUUCUCAGGAAUUCACGACUCAUGCGACGACCGGGUGUCCAAGUGAAACGUAUAAUGGCAUUUAACGAAGAGGAAUCGUGGUAGCGGGGCACGCCGAGCUUGCUCCAAAUUGUUAGGUCAGGCUAAUGUCGAAACGACGUCCGAGGACGGGCCCGGUAUUGUUCCGACACCCUUCUUCUCCGUGCUGAUGGCUCGUGGGAACACGCCUGUUUUUUCUCCUCCAUUAUCCUCUCGAGCACCCUCGCCUCGUAUUUUCUUCUUUCUUUUCUUUUCUUUUCUUUUCUUCCCUCCCCCUCCCUUCAAAAUAACAAAUUUUUUUCCUCUACUUUUUUCAUUUCUUUCCCCCUUCUUUUUUUUUUUUCACUCGUAUCGCGCUUCGACGCGAUAACGGUUUACGGAUGAAUCGCGCGCGAGAGAUCCUUGUAACUGCGAGGGUAAUCGCUAGCAAGAUCGAUUAUGAUAAAGUCGGGCGAAUCUUCGGGCGUCUUCUUGCGACGACACGUCCGCGCAAAUUAACGUUUAAAACGCAGGCGCGGGUCAGAGGAUGGAAAAAGGGAUGCGAAAAAGGCGAAAAAGGAGAGGGAGGGAACGAAAGGAUGAACGAAAGAACGAAGGUGGGCUAAGAGAAGCUUUCCCCCACCCGUCUCUGAAAACUGGUCUGGUAGAGAGAUGCGGUCUUAGGAGCAAAGAAGAGUCGGAGGAGCGGCAUUCCCCGGUAAUUAGUCUCACCCAUAAAUUACUAGCUAUUCCGUGUCUGUGUUGGUCACAACUCGGUAACGUUCUCUUCCCUUCCCUUCGCCUCUCCAACUCCUUUCCAUUUCCACUCUUUUUCUCCCAUCUUCACUCCUCUCCUCUUUACAUUUUUUUUUUCUUCAAACCGAUAUUAUUAACCACGGUAGGUGUAUCUCGAAAACAUAAUCUUGGAAACCGAAACGAAAUCCCACGGCCGCUAAUCCACGACGCUUGACAAAAUUUCCUUUCCAUACCUUGUCGAGGUCGCGAUCGUAUUCGAUAUAACUUCUUCGAAAUCAGACUUGCAUCGUCGAGAUCGGUUGAUCGUGGAUAGAGAAGGAUCUAGCAGAGGAAGGUUAUAUCGGAAGGUUUAUGGGAACGAAACGAACUCAUCUUUGCCGUAGGUCCAACGCGAGCCCGAUCUCUCUGGCCUCGCCGAAGGGGCAUAGGACCCCGCUGCUAAAUGAGCUGUAAUACGGACCCCCGCUGAACCCCUCGCUCACUCCUCUCUCUCUCUCCCUCUUCUCCUCUAUCUCGCCAGUUCCUACUCUUUCGCCGCAAUCUCUUCCUUUCCUCCUCUAUCGAAGCUUUCGUUCUUUCGUUCAUGCCUCUCUUCUCGCCGUGUGCUCGGCUUCAAAACUACUCGUCCUUCGAGUAGGAUUGAGGUGAUCACACGAUACAGCCACUAUUCGAGACGACUUUUAUCCGUUACACGGUGUUAAAACCCAAAGUGUUUUCUUUUUCUUUUUUUUUUUCUUAACUUUCUCUUCUCCUUUUUCUCAUUAUUCGUACUUUAAACUUUCUCCUCCCCGUUAUCGCUCCUUCUUCUUCUUCUUCUUCUUCUCCCUCUUUCUUCGAUAAGUUAUUCGAUGGUUUCGUGGUUUCGUUCGAUGAAAGCGAUCAAAGUUCACCGAUACGAUAAUCAAGCGAGUCCACCUAAGAUGCGCGAAAGAUUACAGUUCCUUUCGUUGGAGAGGCGGCUACGAACGAAACGGUUCUCGUCGGUUCUGCGAACUAACGGAGAAUGGUCGUGACAUCGAGACCGAUCGCUCGCGCAUUCGCUCGGUCAACGAAGCAGUUGACCCAUCGCUGGAGAUACGCGGAAAACGAUCCAUCAAUUAGGUCAGCCGUUCUCCGCGAUCCACCAGAGGAUGGAGAAAGGAAAGAGAGCAAGGGAAGCAAUCGAAAAUAGUACUCCACGAGAAAGAAUAGUGUAUAUAUAUAUAUGCGAGAUAGUUCGAUUCAAUCGAUUCAAUCGAUGCAUCAGUGACUGAGAUUCUCGAUUUGACCUUUCACAGUUAAAUAUAUUGCUUUGAGUUAUUUGUGAAAAUGCUUUUGAUUUUACAUACCUUGAAAACUUCAUAUAUACAUAUAUACAUAUAUACAUAUACACGCACACACAUAUACACAUAUCGAGGAUUCUUUUAUGCGAGAAGAUAAUCAUCUGAAAAUAGUUAAGAUGAAAUUUUUAAAAGAGGUUUAUUAUUUCUUCAUUUUUAUAUCAUAUAAUAAAGAUAUUCCGUAUUCUACGAAUAUUAUUACAACUUCAACCGUGUAUGCUCAUUAACGCGUCAAUAGUGUUCAUCAAUCGUCAAUUGAUCCUUUUCAUUCUCGAGCGAUUCGUUAUUUCGAUGCCUGAACUAAAUCUUCUUUCUCUCCGUAUCAUAAAUUCAUUAAUUUUUCGAUCGCAAUUCCUCCGCUUUACAUAUUGCUAAAUUGUUACCCACAUUUUUAAGAUUCGCUCGGAUCGAUAUUGCACUCUUGUUUUUUCAUGUUUGUACGCUAAUGGGAUUCGUCCCGUUAAUAAGUAAAUAAUUUAAAAAGAGGAAGAGAACAGGAUCAAAAGAUCGGUGAACGUUUCUGUUGUAAAUGCGACGGCUCUUUCCCGGCGGCAGAGAUGAAAAGAAUGUAGCCACACGCCGACAGGUUAAACCCUUGAUACCGUCCUGUACGAUGCGCCUGCCUCCGCUGUGUAGCGAGACACGAGGUAUGAAAGAGAGGAAAGAAGGUAGCCAGUGGCAGAGAUCCGGACGAAAGAAAAGGACGUGACGGAGGAAGUAGAAAUACACACGAUCGAGCAGAGACCAACCGAGAAGAAACUGGUACCGAGCUGUUUACAAUGAUCUCAUAAGCUGUCGAAGUAAAUUUCGCUCUGGAUCGGAUUGCACAGUGCUCUCUUCCCAGAAGAGGGCAAAGAGCAUGUCAUUGUAAUCGAUAUUUAUCUUUUGAGGUGGCGCCAGCUAAUCCAGCAAUAUUCCUCCAAGACACUUUGUGGCCAUGAGAAAGAAUAGAAGGUUGGAAGAAGGAUUUGCUCGGCCGUGCGUGUCAUACUACUCGUUUUCAACGAGGAAAAAGAAGAACAAGAUUUUUUUCUUUGAAAAAGACCGAGAGUCUUAUUGGAUCUUUUAUUUUCUACUAUUUGCAAACUACUAUGUUUAUGGUGGUCUAUAUAAUAAUCAGAAACGUGCAUAUCGAUGCAUAUCUGAUACUUUGCAAUAGAUCGUGAAACGAAAAAUUGCCAAGUGCGAAUGAAUUAAAUUAAUUUAUACGUAUAAAAGAAGUAAAACAGAAAUCAAAAAUAUUCGAUUCGAAACGAAAGGAUCAACACGAAGGGACAGCGCGCCUGACUUCAUUUCCGCGUGGAUCCUGAAAUUGUUCGAUCGUGAAGUACAAAGAAACCCAACGGAUUCGUAGGAAGGAAAUUCAAAAGGAAGAGAUCGAAUUAAAUUUAUCGAAUUAAAUUAGAAAUAAAGCUGUGCGAAGCUUACGUGUGAAUACGUCGUGAUUCCCCUCUUCUUCUAUCUCGAAUAAUCUCUAAACAACAAAUUGCAAACUUGCUUUGGAUCAUUUGGAAGAAGAGCGUCUUAUCGAACGAAUGCUACGAGAAAGAAAGAAAGAAAGAAAGAAAAAAAAAACGAAGAAAUUUCAACUUUCAACGGAGUUUGGAGAAAAGCGUUUGGACGGGUGGCGAAAUCGGUAUCGGGAACGUUCGAAACGAAAGGGUCAAAAGGUAGCGCGAUACGCUUGGGUCCUCCCUCCGCGUGGAUCCCGAAGCGGCAGGUUGCGAGGUACAGAGGAGUCGAGUGGUUCUCUCGUAGGAGAGUUAAAAGAGGAAAAGAGGGGCUCGGUUGCGUCUCGUUGCCGCCGAGCGGCGCUCACCUGCCUAGUCCACAACAGUCUCGUACGGUUCGCUCCGACCAGGAGCUUCGUCUCCGAUCACGGACGAACGAAUCUCUUCUCCUCUCCCCUACCAUCGCCCACUUUCCACCUCCGCACGAUCGCGCUGCACCACGUGAGCUUUUCGACCUUCUUCCUACCCUCCGGUACCCUUUUCUCCGGACCCCUCAUCACUCCCACGCUCCCUCCCCGAUUUUCUCACCAUCUUUCUCCUCGCCAUCUUCACUCUCCACGAGUUUAUCCGCACUAUAUUUCUCCGAUAUACGGUUUCUUUUUUUUUUUCUUUUUAUUCGAAAGGAAUUCGAAAGGUUUCGUUGCUUUUCGCUCGAUCGGUUUCGCUUUGGAUUCUUUUCCGUUGAAGAGAGGAAAAACGUUUUUUUUUCGGAGGUUGCAUGGUCCACGGGAAAUAUCAUCGGCAAGGAUAUAUCAUCGAUUGACGACGACGUCGACGUUCGGUGGUGGUGUAGUGAAGGUGGUAAUGGUGGUGUAUCGAGGCAAGCCGAAAAAGGAAUCGGUUAAAAAGGUGGAGGAGGGAAGGGAGAGGGAGAAAGUGGAGGUGGAGGUGGAGGAGGAAAGGAAGCAGUAGACGAAAGCGAAAACUAAAGGAAGAAGAGGAGGAAGAAGAAGAGGAAGAAGAAGAAGAGAAGAGAAGAGGAGGAGAAGGAGGAGGAAGAGAAGGAGGAGGAGAAGGAGGAGGAGAAGGAGGAGGAGGAGGAGGAGGAAGAAGAAGAAGAAGAGAAAGAAGCAGAUGAAGGUGAAUGGUGGGGCUGUCUUCUCUACUCCUUAGUACAUUUCUGGUGGGGGUAAGGCAACACUCAAAGUUCGUGGUGACGUAGUUCUGGCAGGAACGCGACGCGUUUUUGUCCCCGCCGGAAGGAAAUAGCAGCUUCCUAGAUUCUGAUCGCGUCUCAUCUUUGGUGUUUCUCAUCGAGGCGAACAUACGAGAGUACGAAAGGAAAAAAAAAAGGAGGCAGAAUUACGAAUCAGGAAAGGAUCUGGAAUAUAGGUUAGAAAAGGAAGCGAGAGAAGAAGGAAAAAGAAGAGACGAGGCGAGACGAGGCGAGGUGAGACGAGGCGAGGUGAGACGAGACGAGACGAGACGAGACGAGACGAGACGAGACGAGACGAGACGAGAAGAGGAUUGGAAAAGAUAGGCGGAAGAGAAGUAGCGGGAUCGAGUGGAGGUAAACGAAACGAAAGAGGGAAGAAGCGGAGUGAAGGGGUGGUGGGGGAUAUCUAGUUAAAGAGACCGGAAGCGGAGGGUUUCUCUUCCGGGAAUUUCUCGAUCGUGAUAAGGACCAUUUGCGUGCCCAAAAGAUUACAUUCGCCGUCAGUCAAAGCAAACGAGAAAAUUUGAUUGUUUUUUCAUGGUUUCCCAGUGGCCCGGAAAGAGAUCAUGAGGAUUUCGCGCGGUCAAUAUUUGUAUCCGUUCGUGUAUCUCAAAGAGGCUCUUUCGCUUUGAUCGCGGUGUACUCUCGAAGAGCUGGAGAAGAAAGAAGCCGAGAAACAGAAGGAGGAGGAAGAGGAAGAAGAGGGCUGCAACUUAGCCGAAGAAGAAGAAGAAAACGAUCGUGGUUCGGUGAAGUGUCGGCAGAAGCGAAGACCAGAUACGAGAAAGUAGUCGAGAGUGGACGGUCGAGGAGAUCGGGUGCUCGAUAAAGAAUUUCUCCUUCGAGAUCGGGGAAAAGGAUCGCCCGGAAUAAUUUUUUUCCAAGGAGCACGUGUGAGCCGAGAUCGCGCGUUACCGAGAUAUCGAUACGUCACGCGUAUCACAACUCCGAUCCAAUUUUUUCGCCGGUUUCGUAGGUCAGGAAUCUUAGUGGCGUUCACGGCACGGUUGUGAAAACGCAAGACGACAUUCCGAAAUACCGCCACGAUUUUCCAAUUAAUAUUCGCCCUCACGAGUCGAGAACGAUCGUCUUCCGGUUCGAUCAAGGGGACACAGACGGCCUUCAGAGAAGGGAAGCGAUCGGCAAUUGUCGAAGUUACACCACCGAGGGGCGGAGGGGAUGGAGAUGCGCCUCGUUCUCGUGGCGAUCUGCCUCCUUCUCGUUACCCCCAUCGCCGGCUCUUUCUGGACCGUUGGAAAUCAGGUGGUGAUGGAUCCGAUGCUUAUCUGCAAGAAGACUAGGAGGUUGAGGGGCAAGAUGGCGGACAUCUGUCGCAAGGAGCCUUCGCUGUUGAAGGAGAUCGCAAGAGGGGUACAGGUCGGGACCAAAGAAUGUCAGUACCAAUUUCGAAAUCGCAGAUGGAAUUGUACCACAAUCAGGAGAUCCCUCAGGAAGAUCUUGUUACGCGAUACCAGAGAGACGGGUUUCGUGAACGCCAUCACCGCGGCCGGGGUAACAUACGCGGUCACCAGAGCCUGCACUAUGGGACAUCUCGUCGAAUGUUCUUGCGACAAGAUGACGUCGAAAGGUAAUAAGCUUGGCAAAUUGAGCCGCACCGUCGAAAUGGAGAAGAGUUUGCCGACCGAGGGUGACUGGGAGUGGGGAGGUUGCGGCGACAACGUGAAAUUCGGCUUCAAGAAGUCGCGAGACUUCAUGGACGCUCCUUAUCGAAAACGCAGCGACAUCAAGACUCUGGUCAAGCUGCACAACAAUAACGCCGGUCGUUUGGCCAUCAGGGAUUUUAUGAGCACGGAAUGCAAGUGUCACGGUCUCUCCGGAUCGUGCACGGUUCGAACCUGUUGGCGGAAAAUGCCACCGUUCCGGGACGUGGGGAACAGGCUGAAAGAGUCGUUCGACGGCGCGGCCAAGGUGAUACCGAGCAACGACGGGCACAGCUUCAUCACCGAGGGGCCGACCAUCAAGCCGCCGGACAGAUUCGAUCUGAUUUACAGCGAGGACUCGCCCGACUUCUGCAAGCCGAACAGAAAAACGGGCUCGCUGGGUACGCAGGGACGACGAUGCAACUCCACCAGUCAGGGAGUGGAUGGAUGCGAGCUCCUCUGUUGCGGCAGGGGAUACGACACGAGGGUCGUCAAGGAGAAGAUCAGUUGCGAAUGUAGAUUCCGAUGGUGUUGCGAGGUCACUUGCAACACUUGUCUGGUCAAGAAAACCAUCAACACGUGUCGUUAAAUCGAAUCGAAUUUUCUCUACUUAUUAUAUAAUAUAUAUAUUAUGUUAUAUAUAUUAUAUAUAGACACUUGUAAUAUACGCGUCGCGCUGUCGAAUGUAGUUUGAAUGCUCGAUUAGUAAAACGCGCUCGAUCGUUUGAAACACGUUUCGUUUCGUUUCGUUUCGUUUCGUUUCGUUCCAAGCUUUCCAAGUAUCUCUUAAUUUGUUCGUUUCGAGCGUUUCGCGCUUUACUCGCUCGCGGCAAGCGAAACGAUCGUCGCUUUUCUCGCUUGCGUCGACCUUUUGUCGUCGCACCGCCUCCUCUUUUAUUAUCUCUUCGUCCCUUAUCUCUUGUCUCUCAAUCCCCCCUCCUGUCCACCUACCCACCCACUUCCUUCCUCUCCCCCUCCCCCUCCCUCUUGCGCUUGCGUUCUCCGCGUUUUCUGUAAAUAAGACUGAAUGGACGAAAGUUUAUAUUGUGCAGCGUGAAAUGCGAAUAAAGAAAAACGUAUAUCCCCGGC